CCUUUGUGUUCUGACAUAUAAGGGAAGUAAUGCCAUGUAAUGAUUGCAGAAAGUGAAUGCUCGCAAACAGCAGAAUGGACGAAGUCUCCCACAUUCAGUUCAACCCAUUGUUUGAUAUGUCCCUCAGCAGAUCUGACCUAAACUUCGAGGUAGAGGAGAGAACGCCAAAGAAACCUAAAAAACAGUGGUAUGGUAGAGCAAUUGUUGUUUACCUGAUUUUGCAGACCAUACUGAACUUAUUUCUUCUAUAUAAAGUGUUCACAGUGGAGUCUUUCUCGUGUCGUUCUGGGUUCGAAAAACUGAUAGCAGCUCACACAAAUCUGUAUGAAGAACCAAGCAAACACAGUCUUGAGGUGCUAAUUCAGAACAACAGUCAAGAGGCAAAGACACUGAGGGACCUUGUGUCUUCUCUGGAAACCCAGGUCAAUAGUGUGUGUCAGCUGGAAGAAAUCAAACAUGACCUGGCCCUCCUUAACACCACCACACACAGCCUACAGGUCCAACAGUCCACCAUCCCCGUGGCAUCAGUGGAUGUGCGCCUCAUUCCGGGGAGGUUUAGAGGCCGAGUAGAGGUUAGACAUAAUGGAGUUUGGGGCACAAUUUGUGACGACAGCUUUGACAACGUCGAUGGCAUGGUGAUUUGUAAGAUGCUCGGUUUCUCAUCUGCCAUCACUACAUUUACUGCCACUCCAGGCUCUGGUAAAAUCUGGCUGGAUGAGCUGCGGUGUCAUGGAACGGAGGAAGACAUCUUUGAUUGCCCCCAUGCUGGAGUUGAAUUUCAUAACUGCCACCACAUGGAGGAUGCUGGGGUUCACUGUAUCUAAACUUGAAUUACUGCAGCUGUGUGUCUGUUUUUGUACAUACAUUAUGCGCACUUACUACAAUUCCUAAAAUCAGUUUUAUAUCCUGUACUUUUUACCUAAUCAAACUAAAAUCGCCCUGAAUUAAAUUAAAUUAUUAUAUUGUCUUUUUUUUUUUUCCAAAGUCAAACUCUUCUGCUUGUCAACAUUAGCUGUAACAAUGUUGUAUUUAAAGACACACAAAUGUCCUGCAAACACACAAACUCGCUGCUGGUUCUCAAAUGAAUUUUUCCCCAAAGUGACAGAUAUGACAGCUAUCUGUUGAAGUGUUCGUUAGUAAAAAAAAAAAAAAAUUCAAAAAUUUAAAUCAUUAGUUUUAUCA